CACCACUCAUUCUCGGGCCGCCACCGCCGCUGCCGCCUCUCCGCCCUCACCACCACCAGUCACCACCACCAGUCAUCACCACAAGGCAACACCACCAGCACCAGCACCACCAGACGCCCACUUCACCAUGUCGGAGGAGGGCUACCUAAGCUUUCUGUUGGGGUUGGCGCUGCCCGGCUCCCCCCACAGCAACCCCCACCACUACCUCCACCAGAAGCUGCAGUCCGACAUGUCUGCGACCGCCCCCGACAACGGCACCGACUCCAACGCCUGGCAGGGGGAGGAUACGAUCAUUGAGCCGCCGUACUCGCUCCAGGGGGUGUGGUGGCUGCUGUGGAUGGUGUGUCUGGAGUACGUGGCGCUGUGGUGGCAGGGUGAGGCGCUCCCCUGCCUCCACGACAACGUGCUGUGUAUGGUCCACGCCACCUUCUACGAGAUUACCAAGGUCAUCGUCCGCGGGCUCGAGUUCGGUGUCUACACUUACUUAUGGCAAAACUACGCCGUCCUCCCUUCCCUCGGAGACUCCCUGCUGGCGGUGGUGGCGCUGGUGGUGGCGGUAGACCUCGUGUACUACUGGUUGCACCGCGCGAGCCAUGAGAUUAUGAUGCUAUGGGCCAUUCACCAAGUCCAUCACAGCAGCCAGGACCUCACUAUGGCCGUGGGUAUGAGGCACUCCCCCCUGCAGCGUCUCUUCACAUGGGUCUUCUACCUCCCCCUCGCCUUCCUCGGAGUCCCCCCUACCCAUAUGCUCGCCCACGCCCAGUUCAACCUCCUCUACCAGUGCUGGAUUCACACGGAGGCCAUUGGUUCCCUGGGCCCGCUGGAGUAUGUGUUCAAUACCCCGACGCAUCACCAGGUUCAUCAUGCGUCCAACAAGUACUGCCUCGACAAGAACUACGGCGGGGUCUUCAUCAUCUGGGACCAGCUCUUCGGCACCUUCCAGGCCCAGGACGUAAGCCAGAAGACCGUCUACGGCAUCCUGGUGCAGCCCGAGAAGUUCGACCCUCUCUUCAACCAGGUGUUCUACUUCAGGUCAAUGGUGAGGAAGGCGAAGAGCAUGAAGACUUGGCGUGACGCUUUUGUGGCCAUGUUCAAGGGACCAAGCUGGCUGCCCGGCGCCCCCUGGACCGGCUGGGACCACGACAAGCCUAAUAUCCACCACCCACGUGAGUACAGGAAGCCCACAGCCACCACCGCCGUCCACAUCUACGUCAUCACCCACUUCUUGGCCACCCUCGCCCUCACCUCCCGUCUGGCCGCCCAUGCCGGUGACAGGCAGGCAGCGGUUCUCCUGUACAGCGGCAGCGUGGUGGCGGCCCUCUCCUCGGCGGGCCUGAUGUACGACCAAACCAGCUGGACACGCAAGGUCGAGUCCGGCAGAUGCCUCUUCGGUCUCAUUCUCGGCUUCCUCGUCGCCCCGCCCACCGCCGCCGCUAACCUGCUGCCCCUGCUCUUCACCCUCUACGUCCUGUCCCUCCUCCUGUGGCUCUGGUGUCCCUCCGUGGUGAUGUGUGCCCGCGUGGAGCCGUGUUCGGUCGGCAAUAAGCUACAGUGUUUCGAGGGAGGGUCGUGCGCUCCGAAGCUUCAGUGCUACCAGGGCGGGCAGCAGCAGGCGCCGAAGCUGCAGUGUUACGAGGGAGGUUUGCAGAAGAAGGAGGAGGGGGCGAAGCAGGCAACGACAACACCGGCAGAUAAGAAACAUGAGUAGAGGUUGACAUGACCAUUGUGUGUGUGUGUGUGUGUGUGUGUGAUGAACGUGUGUGUGUGUGUGUGUGAUGAACGUGUGUGUGUGUGUGUGUGUGUGAGAUGGUGAUGAACGUAUGUGAUGUGAAUUGGUUAUGUUAUUGUUUCAGUAGUUUUGUUUUUGUUAUCAUUAUUAUUAUUGUUGUUAUCUUUGCUUAUAGUUUAUAUUAACGAGAUUAUCGACCGAGUAUCAUGUGUUCAUUAGUUAAGGAAAGAUGUUUUUUUUUAUUAAUUCUUUUUUUUUUUUUUAGUGUGUGUGUGUGUGUGUGUGUGUGUGUGUGUGUGUGUGUGUGUGUGUGUGUGUGGACUUUUUGACGGAAUGAACAGUGACUUAUUUUUUCUGCUUGUUCGGUGUAAAACCAUCACGAUAAAGGAUGUUGCACGUGAACUUGCGGAGUGUCAAGAUCUGUAUUACCAUGGAUUCUCGGUAGUAAGGUUUUAUAAGGUAGAGGGCAGCGUUGGCAAAUUAUCGUACUCAGCAUAUAGCCUAUUCGUAGUUUCUGACCGAUAACUAUAGCGAAAAUGAACGAAAACCACCAAUAUUUAACAGUUUUAACGAUAACUUUAAUUUUCUAGCGUUAUGUGUGUGGUUACGACCGUUUUGGAGCCUAAAAAUGAUAAAUGCGAUUGUCAGAGUACGACGAUUUGGCAACGCUGGUAGAGGGAACAACGUAGCAGCGGAGGUGUUAAAAAACAUCUAUACUUUAGGGGCUGAUCAGCAUUGUUCAUCAUAAGGUUAAUUACUUCAUCCUGCCAUACAUUAUUUGUCUUUGUAUUGAGCGCCGUUGCCAGAUUAUCGUACACACCUUUCAUUAUUUGUCUAUGUAUUGAGCACCGCUGCUAGAUUAUCGUACUCAGAGCAUAGUAUUUACCGGUUUCUGACGCCUAACUACUGCCAAGAAACAUCAGGAAUUAACUAUUUUAACGAUAAUAAUUAUAAAUGAAUCUCCUUAUUUGGGUCCACGAGACGAGUGUUCUUAUUAUGUGUUUAUGUUUAUGGGGGGGUGGGAUAUGUUUCCACUAAAAUGGGGGGGACUUUUUGUUGCCCUUGAGCCGUCUCCUAUGUUGUAAUAAAUAAAAAAUAAAAAAAGGAAGAGGGGCAAGUGGCGAGCGAAGGGAGAUCGACAAAUUAAGUUGGGGAGGAGUUUUGAAAAAUUGACGUAUAUUUCAGGGUGCAUUUUCCUCCUGUCAAAACGAAACACUCACCAUCCCAGUUUUCCGUUUUGGCUUUCUCUGUAAGUUGGACGUUUUAUAAGCAGAUGCGGUCAAUAUUUUUCAUCACCUUCCAGAAAAUUGACAACUUUUUAAGGCGCUGUUUACAUUAGCACAUUUUCCGUCAAUAUUUUUCAUCAACUUCC